GGGGAGGGUGAGAAAGUUGUUGAAGGUCUUCCGAGGGGGUGGAAAAAGAAUCGGCAGAGAGAAACUUGGGGGGGUAGCGCGAAAAAGGAAAAUAAACGGAGGGGUUGACGUGACGAGAAAAAAAGUCGGUGAAAAAGAAAAAAACGGUGUGAAGAAUGAGCAAAGUGAUAGAUCAACGGAAGAAGAAAAAGAAGUGAAGAAGUGCAAAAGGAUAUUGGAAUAGUACAUCGAAACGCGCAUUUCGGUACUGAAUACCGCCAACAAAUCGACGAUAUGAUUCUGUGACGAGGAAUUACUGAGCGGUGCGUUGAUCAUGCUCUACUACUUUGAUUUCCAUGAUCGCGAUUCACCAUCCAGUCUAAAGUCUCCAAGGAGAGCUUCCGCAAAUUUCAAUGGUCCAGCGCAGUCUUCUUCAACGCUGUCGCUUGCGCGUCACGAAAUUGUCAAUCUCAGUGUUUAGAAAUCGGUCGCUGGCGAUCCGUCUCUCAUUUUUGGAAAUCUGUCUUGAAAAAAAGGAGGAUACACGAAUAUCACACAUGCGAUAAUCGGCAGAUGCGCCGUCCGGACUCCGGACUCAACUAAAGCUCUUCGGAGAAGGAAAGAAAGGAAUCCGAUCGUUGGAUCAGUGUGCGUUCAGACAGUGCGGGUGGAUGUAUGACGACAACAACGUUCGUUCCUUGGUGAUCGGUGUUGCUAUGAUCGUGCCGCGUUGGUCCCGUCACGUGGAACGAUCAUGAUUUACUUUAGGCCGCACGACGGUAGGAGUCUACGGUACAACGCGAACGCGAGACACUUGAACGUGCUCGUCGUGCCGCUCUUUCCGCUCUGGAUUAUCGGCGCGUUCUGCGUGAAGGACAUACCCAUAUCACACAUCGUGGCACUGGUCGGAGAUUCCGCCUAUCUUCCCUGCGACAUAUCAACCACUCACGAGGGGGACUCCGUGCAUCUUGUGCUCUGGUAUCGCGAGGAUCUCGGUACAUCAGUUUACAGCAUCGACGCCAGGAACCGGGAAUUUGGGGUCGCUGAAAGAUGGUCGGACAACAGCGUAUUCUCGAAUCGCGCCUAUUUCAUGCUGGACAAGCAACCGGCGUUACUAGGCGUCGAGAACACGAGAGAAGAGGACGCCGGUAUCUACAGGUGUCGUGUCGAUUUUCAAAUUGGCCAGACGAGAAACUCCAAAGUCAAUUUAACAGUUAUUGUACCACCGCGGAAGAUCACGAUUGUCGACGAGAAUGAGAACAGACGGGACACGAUGGUCGGACCGUAUAUGGAAGGCACUAAUCUAAGGCUCUUCUGCGAUGUCCAUGGCGGUAAACCGGCCCCAAUCGUGUCUUGGUAUCGCAACGACAGAUUCGUCACAAAUCGGACCACAAUGCCAAACAGCGAUGUGACACGUAGCGAGAUCAUUGUACAGAACUUAAGCCGGGACGACGUUCACUCGGUGCUGACCUGCAAUGCUACGAACAACAAUAGGUCGAUUCCGCUGUCUUCAUCAGUUCGCGUGGACAUGCGUUUCAACCCCUUGGAAGUGAAAAUAAUUGACGGAAGCCGACCGCUGUCGGCAGGCAAGAAAUACGACCUGGUAUGCACAACUUCCGGUUCCAGACCACCAGCUAGCGUCACCUGGCGGAGGAAUGGUCAACGCUUAGUGGAUUCCAAGGAGACCACCUCCGUCGAUGGGAACACGACCACCAGCGUUUUAUCUUUCAUGGCGACGAAAGCAGACGCAGGCAGACACUUGUCGUGUCAAGCUGAAAAUCGAAUCAUGGGAACCGCGCCGAUAGAGGACGGCUGGGUACUCCAGAUACAAUAUACGCCAGAGACGCAGAUCCAGCUCGGCACGUCGCUGAAUCCUAACACCAUACGCGAGGGCACGGACGUCUACUUCGACUGUCUCAUACAGGCCGAGCCUUCAGUGUACAAAGUGGAAUGGCGACAUCAGGGCAAGGCACUCCAUCACAAUAUCACGCAAGGCAUCAUAAUCAGCAAUCAGAGUUUGGUGCUGCAGGGAGUUGAUCGUAAAAGCGCUGGCAAUUACACGUGCGUGGGAUACAAUACUGAGGGUGACGGCGAAAGCUCGCCCUUUUAUUUGAACGUGAUGUUCGCUCCUACGUGCAAGCCGAAUCAGACGAAGGUCCACGGUGUAGCGAAACAGGAGAAGGCGAAUAUAUCCUGCCAAGUGGAUGCAAAUCCGCCGGAAGUGCAAUUCAAGUGGACCUUUAAUAACUCCGCCGAGAGUAUCGACGUUGCGGCCGGCCAUAUCGCGCGAGCUGGCACAUCCUCCAUCGUCUCAUACACACCAAUGACGGAAUUAGAUUACGGCACGUUACUCUGCUGGGCCAGCAAUCACAUCGGGCAACAACAAGUGCCCUGUGUAUAUCACAUUAUACCGGCGGGCCGACCAGACAUGGUUCACAAUUGCACGACCUCGAACACGUCGACCAACUCGUUUUCCGUGCGAUGCACGGAGGGCUUCAACGGCGGUUUGCCGCAAUCCUUUCUGCUGGAGGUGCGCGAGAGCAACAGCCAGGAGUUGCGUGCCAAUCUGACGUCGCCGGUGCCGCGCUUCAGCGUCACUCACUUGGAGUCCGGCGCCCUUUAUCAGGCCUGCAUUUACGCCUACAACGACAAGGGUCGUAGCGAGGCAAUGGUGGUGCAGGCCGGCACUUUAAGGCUACCGGAAAAACAACUGACGUCCGAGUCAGAACGACCGAGACAACAUGACACUUUGACACCAAUGCUGAGCGUGACAAUCGGCGUUGUGAUGGCCCUCAUUAUCGUCGCGGUUAUAGUAAUGGUCGUCUUACGGAUUCAGCACACACACGUAGAGGAGCAGAACAAGUCGCAGAUGGAGGAUCACGCGAAGCAGACGAAGGCUGUUCCCAUACAGAGGGAACUACGAUUCCGAGAGGGAUGCAGUUUGCUCGCGGACGAGAAGCAUCCCAGCAGCCCGUUCAGAAAGCUGGAAACUAGCGGCGAUCUCAGUGAAAGCGACGAGAAAAAUCCUGACAUUAUUCCACAACAAAUUACUGGUGAUGAGCCGUCGGAAUAUUUAAGGAAGAGACGUCUGGUAUCAACGAUCGAGACGUCACCAUCAAGAAGCCUUCUAGAGCACUCAACGGUAACUUCUAUCAGUGGACACAGCAGUUAUGUCGGAUAUUGCACGAUCCGCAAUGGUAUGCCACUGCAUGAGUUCUCCAAUUUGUCAACAAAGCACAAAAGCUUUCAGCCGAUGGUGGGUGACGUCUAUGAGAGCGGUAUGUGUACCCUACCUAGGCAACAUUGGCCCAGCCAGAGCGUUCAAUCGAUGUCGAUGACAAUGAGUCCUCCGAUAUUGUACGCCGGUCUGGGCGUCGUCACCAGGACCUGUCCGAGCGGCACGCUACCGACGAAAGACUGUGAGACACGAGUGCCCGGUCAGUGUUGUCCAUCAAUCCAGGCGCAGAAGGACGCGACGAUAGGCACGCCAGUGGUGAUGGCCAAGAGGGAGAGCUCUGUGUGACCCUACAC